AUGACUCCUAGCGAGAACCGAGCCCGGGCCGUCGGCGACUUCAUCACCCGACGGAUCCUGGGUAUCGACGUCGACGAGCGGUAUGCCAGACAACCAGCCGACCUGGACAGGAGGGCCUACGACCUUCUCGACCCGGCAGACGUCUUUUUCGAGGAGGAGCCCAGUGUAGCCGAGUUCCUUCGGGAGUUUGUGCCCACCCGCCAGGGGGCCAUGCGAUACGUUCAGAGCCUGUUUCCUGCCACGUCGUGGAUAGGGCGUUACUGUAUGCGGUGGCUGCUGGGUGACUCCAUCGCCGGCAUCACCAUCGGCCUAGUAAUAGUGCCUCAGGCCAUGGCUUACGCCGCCCUCGCUCAGCUGCCGCCCGCAUACGGCUUGUAUACCUCGUUUACCGGUGCUGCGCUGUACUGGCUGUUUGGUACGUCCAAGGAUAUUGUCAUUGGUGCUACCGCUGUUGGUUCCCUACUCGUCGGUCAGGUUAUCGGCCGGGUCCAAGAGCACGAGCCCGGCAAGUACACCAACCGUGAAAUAGCCCACACCCUGAGCCUCCUGUCGGGAUGUGUCAUGCUCUUCUUCGGCCUGCUCCGUCUGGGGUGGAUCAUUGAGUUCAUCCCCUACAUACCAAUCUCGGCUUUCGUCACGGCUGCCAGCAUCACCAUCAUGUGCACCCAGAUCCCCACGGUCAUGGGUAUCCCGGACAUCAACACGCGCGAGGCACCCUACAAGGUCAUGAUCAACACUCUCAAGGGACUCCCCAACUCCCGCAUGGAUGCCGCCAUCGGCCUGUCGUCGAUAGCCCUGCUCUUCGGCCUGCGCGACCUGUGCGCCAUGAUGGAGAGGCGCCAGCCCGCCCGCAAGAGGAUGUGGUCGCUCCUGGCGUCCAUGCGCAUGACCUUUGUGAUGCUCCUCUUCAUACUCGUCAGCUUCCUGGUCAACCGUCCCCACGGUAUAGACCAGUCGCCCUUCCGUGUCGUGGGCCACAUCGAGACGGGGUUCCAGCAGGCCGGCGUGCCCAAGCUGGACAGGAACCUCGUCUCGUUGGUCCUCCCCGAGCUGCCGGCAAUCUGCAUCAUCCUCAUCAUCGAGCACAUUGCCAUAUCCAAGUCCAUGGGUCGCCUGCACAGCUACGCCGUCGAUCCAUCGCAGGAGAUUGUUGCCCUCGGUUCGGCCAACCUCUUCAGCCCUUUCGUCGGCGGCUACGUGUGCACGGGCUCCUUUGGAGCCUCGGCCGUCCUAUCCAAGGCGGGAGUCAGAACCCCGCUGGCCAGCUUCCUGAGUGCCGGCAUCCUUAUCCUCGCUCUGUACGUCCUCACCGUCGUCUUUCAGUACAUCCCUAAGGCUGCCCUGGCAGGUCUCAUCAUCCACGCCGUGUGCAAUCUCCUGGCCCCUCCCAAGAACCUGUACCGGUACUGGCAGCUGUCGCCCCUGGACUUGCUCAUAUGGAUUACCGGCGUCCUCCUCGCCGUAUUUGAGUCCCUCGAGACAGCAAUCUACGUCGGGAUCGCCCUGUCCUUUGCCGUACUCCUGGUCCGCCUCGCCAGGACCAAAGGCCAGUUCAUGGGCCGCGUACGUGUCCACCGCGUGACGGAAGAGGGGAACGAGAAGCACCAGCAGCAGCCAUCGUCGCAGCAUUCUGAAGGCCAUAGCUAUGACCAGAACCUGGAAGAUGUCCGCAAGCCCUCUAGCCGCGUCAUCUAUAUGCCCAUCGACCGACGUGACAGGUCCAAUCCAGAUAUCGACGUCCAAACUCCCUACCCCGGUGUCUUCAUCUACCGCUUCAGCGAAGGCUUCAAUUACCUCAACCAGGCGAUGCACAUGACCUAUCUAAGCCAGUACAUCAUGGCCCGCACCCGCCGCACGUCAGAUGAGUAUCUCGAAAAGAAGUCUGACCGGCUGUGGAACGACCCCGGACCCAAGACACCGACCAAAGGCAUCGACGUUCUUGAGGAUGAGCAAACCAUUCUCCCUCAUCUGCGCGCCGUGGUCUUUGACUGCUCCGCCAUCAACAAUCUCGAUGUCACAUGCGUCCAAGGCCUGAUGGACCUCCGCGACGCUCUAGAUCGAUACUGCGCACCCGACGCCGUGGAGGUACACUUUGCCAGCGUCCACAACAGAUGGACGCGUCGUGCCCUUGCCGUUUCCGGCUUUGGCUUCCCCUCUGCUCUCAGCGACCCGGCCGUCGACGCAUGGCACCCCGCAUACACUAUCGCUUCCAUCAUAGGCCCCGGUCUGUCGUCUCCGUCAGCGCAUAAGCACUCUCGCCGCGUGCAUGACCUGGAGUCCGCCACUAGCGAUGACGAGACCCUCGCGGCGACCGAUUCUCCCAGAAGAAACAGCGGUAGAGCUAAAGCCGGCAUGGCUGCCACCCAUGGGGUCAACCGCCCCUUUUUCCACGUCGACCUCGCCGAGGCUGUUGAUGCGGCAGUGAGAGAUGCCCAGGGGAGAGAUGGGAGGCCCUGA